GCAGUCCUAAGAUGUCCAACUACAUGCUUGUUGCACAGGGCCAGUCAGCGUCAGUCUUGGCUGGGGGUGUUUGGACCCUAUGAUGCGCGUUCGCCGCCUGUUCUGUUUACCUCGCCCAAGCUUCUUUGUUUGCUGUAACUCGAACACCCUACUGACAGCUCACCGGUGCCAGAAGUCAUCACCUCGAUUUGCUCACCUCGAAGUAAUUGAUACUCACGUCUAGACAACAUGUAUCUCUCAGGCGCACUCCUGUCCCUUAUCUCCUUGACCUCGGCGUCAAAUCUGCCAUCACCAGAGCGCCUCCUCACGAACCCUGACCUCAAACACGAGGGCGGCUACAAGAUUCCUACCGUCCACGAAUCUGCAGUGCAGGCGCGUCGCAUCCUUCGCCUCGAGAGCAUCGGCACGCUUUCGACCGUGUUUCCCUCUACUCACACCACCGAGCAACGACCCUCCGAUGUUGGAGGUGUACCAAUCGGACUGAUGGACUAUUUUGGGGACUGUGAGCCCGAGACUGGGAAUCCUACCAUUCUUGCCAUCUCAAUCGCGACCUCCUUCAAGAACGUGGAUGCUGGGUCAAACAUCACUCUCUCGCUGCGUUGGCACCCUCAGGACGACAAGUGGCGCAGUCCUGCGUCGUUGCCGCGUUUCUCCCUGGUCGGCCGCCUUGAGGAGCUGAACAGCGCUGACCUUGAAGCGGCUGGAGUGGCAGCAUGCUAUGUGAAGUACCACCCAGAUGCCGCCUGGUGGUUACCUGGUAAUCCCAUCCACCAAAGCAAGUGGGUGAGAUUGAUAGUAGAAGAGGUUUAUUGGAUUGGAGGAUUUGGAGACCGCGCAUACAUUGGCUGGAUCCCCCGAGAGGAAUGGCAGAGCGUAACGCCCAAGGAAAUUGACAGCUGCAAGCUACCUGGUGAGAAGAAGCAUGGAUGGAGUGGGUUGAAGUCGUGGUUGGGACUUGGCUCAAAGGAAGAGCAGGAGGCCUUCGAGUUGUGAGCUACCCGCCGGUCGAACGUGGGCGUUGUGGAGACUCGAGACUUGCCUUACGCCAUGGACGUGCUACUCUUCCGACGUGAGGCGUAUUCAGACACCUCGUUCCCUUGCGCCAACUAGGUUUUAGGUUCCAAUACGGAACGUUGGAGGUGGCGCCUGUAGGUUUUCGU